ACCUUAAACCUAUCUUCACAGCAUGCAUAACCGAUAAAAAAAUUUCAAAGCAAAGCGAAACAAAAUAGAGAGAGAGUGUGAGGAAGGAAAAGAAAAGAAUGCAGCAGCCCUAUGUGUACGCUUACCCACAAGGAGCUGGCGCUUCGGGUCAUCCCCAUCCCCUUCCACAUACUGGAGUGAUAGUGGAUCCAAAGUACUGUUCUCCGCACCCUGUAGAUCUGGCGAUCGUGCGGAAGUUGAUGAAGGUAACUCACGGUAACUUCGUGAUAACGAAUUUCAACGGAUGCCUGUUGUUCAAGGUGAAGGACCCCUUCUUUAGUCUUCACGACAAGAGGAUCUUGCUGGAUGGUUCUGGAGCUCAGAUCAUGACUUUGAAAGGGAAGAUAGUGAGCAUGCAUGACAGGUGGCAAGUGUUUAGAGGAGGGAGUACGGCCCCGGGUGAUCUGCUAUACACGGUGAAAAGAUCGUCGAUGAUUCAGCUAAGGGCCAAACUUGAUGUGUUUUUGGCUCACAACAAAGAGGAGAGGAAAUGUGAUUUCAGAGUCAAAGGGACCUGGAGCGAGCGUUCUUGUGUUGUCUACGCCGGUGAAUCUGACGCCAUUGUGGCCCAAAUGCACGAGAAGGAGACGUUGCAGAGCGUUUUCUUGGGAAAGGACAAUUACUCCGUCACUGUUUAUCCAAACGUUGAUUAUGCCUUCAUUUCCUCUCUCAUUCUCAUUCUUGUAGAAAUAGAAUGAUAUUAAUGUAUAUAUUGAUUUGGUAUUAAUUCUUACAAGAAUAGCUUUACAAUACGU